CGAGCGAGCUGAAGAUUGGCACUGAGGAUUUGCCGCUGAUGAGACAUUGAUUGUGCAGUGAGACAGUGAGGUGGCAAAUCCCCAAAACUUUCCUUUACCAAACUACUCACAAUAACUUUGCCCACCCUCCAUCAUAUAAAUUUGCCACCUUGAUCAUCCCUUCUCAUCACAACCAACUCAAAGCUCUUACUAGCGAGCAUCUGCAGUGAGCGAGAGCUAGAGAUGGCAGCAUCAGUGGAGACCAUGGCGAAACCCAGCACCGAGGUUCUUGAGGCCGCAGUCACCUCGGUGUUCCAGCCAGGGAAGCUUGCAGUCGACAUGAUCCCAGUGGAUCACAAUGCAGACCUGACACCGCCGAUCCCAAUCUUGAUUGCCGCUCCCAAGGAUGCAGGAACAUACCCGGUGGCCAUGCUCCUGCAUGGCCUCUGCCUCCAGAACCACUUCUAUGAACAAGUCCUAAAACACAUUGCCUCUUUUGGCUUCAUCAUGGUUGCACCCCAGUUCCACAUCAGCAUGAUGGGCAAAGGUGACACCGAGGACAUAGCCGCAGCAGCCGAAGUGACAGAUUGGCUCCCUGAGGGGCUACCGUCCGUCCUCCCCAAAGGCGUCGAGCCCAACCUUUCCAAGCUUGCUUUGGCCGGCCACAGCCGAGGUGGCCACACAGCGUUCUCUCUAGUCCUGGGGCAUGGCAAGACCAACCUCAAGUUCUCUGCGCUCAUCGGUCUCGAUCCCGUUGCUGGAACAGGCAAGUCCUCGCAAAUCUCACCCAAGAUCCUCACCUACGAUCCCUCCUCUUUUGACAUAGCGAUGCCAGUCUUGGUCAUUGGCACCGGGUUGGGUGAAGAGAAAAGGAACAUACUCUUUCCUGCCUGUGCUCCCAAAGAUGUCAACCACAGGGAGUUCUACAGCGAGUGCAAGCCACCUUGCUACUACUUUGUGACCAAGGACUAUGGGCAUCUCGACAUGCUAGAUGACGAUGCUCCAAAGUUCAUCACCUGCAUGUGCAAGGACGGGAACAACUGCAAGGACAUGAUGAGGAGGAGCGUUGCUGGGAUCAUGGUCGCGUUCUUGAAGGCCGUGCUCGAUGAAGCAGAUGGAGAUCUUAAAGUCAUACUGAAAGAUCCUGGGUUCGCGCCAACCACGCUCGACCCUGUUGAACACCGUUUGGCAUGAGCAGAAAGAUCAUAUUUUUUCAUAAGAACCUCAUAAGUUAAUCAACAGUCGGCUGCUUGUUUUUUCAUGUUUUCAUAAAACAAAAUGUUAGCUGCUUGCUGUUGUACGUGCUUUCCUAAGUUCAAGUCAUAAUGAACUGAAUAAAAA